AUGUCUCUUGCAGCAGAUGCCUUCGUGUCACAAAUGGCGGCUGCUGAGCCUUGGCCCGAGAGUGCAACCUUGUACCAGCCGCUUAAGGAGGAUCAGAUUCUGCUUUCGGACUGCGCCUCAUCCCUCGCUGUGCAGGCCUACCUGCGGAUGUGUGGUCUGCCCGUGCAGGUGGUCUGCAAAGUCAAUGCAGAGUACAUGUCACCCUCCGGCAAGAUUCCCUUCAUCCAUGUGGGAAACCAGGUGGUGUCGGAACUGGGCCCAAUAGUGCAGUUCACUAAAGCCAAGGGUCAUUCUCUGAGCGAUGGCUUGGAUGACAUUCAGAGGGCCGAAAUGAAAGCAUACAUGGAGCUAGUCAACAACAUGCUGCUGACGGCUGAGUUAUACAUACAGUGGUGUGAUGACGGCACAGCUGCUGAGAUCACUCGUCCCAGGUACAGCAGCCCCUACUCGUGGCCCCUCAGUACCAUCCUGGCCUAUCAGAAGCAGUGGGAGGUGCGUCGGAAGAUGGACGCCAUUGGCUGGGGAGGGAAAAAUUUGGAGCAGGUGUACGAGGACGUGAGUCAGUGCUGCCAGGCUCUCUCGCAGCGCCUCGGAACGCAGCCCUUCUUCUUCAAUAAACAGCCGACGGAGCUGGACGCGCUGGUGUUCGGUCACCUGUUUACCAUCCUGACCACUCGGCUGACCAGCACCGAGCUAGCCGAGCGCGUGCGGAGCUACGGAAACCUGCUGUCUUUCUGCAGGCGCAUCGAGCAGAUUUGCUUUGAGGAUAGGACCUCCUGAAGGGGACCCACCACCACCAUCAUCGUCAUCACACCACCACACAUCUGUUUGUACAUAACAGGAGAAGCUGGUUAACUGACCAUUCACACCAUUUGACUGCUGCUGCUUCUGCUUCUUCCUGGACAGCCAGAAAAGAAACAACUGCUGGUCCCUAAAGGAUUCCAAAAGACUUAUUUAUUAUUAUCAUCAUUGUUAUUAUGAUUAUAUUAUUAUUACUAAUAGCACUUAGUGUUAUAGUAUUAUAUUAAAAUUAAAAUAUGAAUAUAAAACAUGAAUAUAAUGAUAAAGAGUAAAAUUGUUUUUGUGAAUGCAAGGUGCUUGUAUAAAAUAAAAGUGAUUGCAUUAAA